AAAAGAUGUUCAACCGAUCCAGAAGAAAAAUUCUAAAGCUGUUUGAGACUUUGAUCUGAACAAAUUGUUAUACUACGAGAAAAUCUAAGAAAAAAAACACGCGAUUCUCUCUCAAAGGCGAUGGCGACGGCGGUGCUAGGGUUUUGACCCGACUAUGCGCUUCACUCCUCAGGCGAUGGCGGAUCUGGUUUCCUCGGACACUGGUUGUACUCUUGGCUUCGAUUGCGAGCCAUUGAAGCUUCGGAUCUGGUCUAAAGUGCAAGGGAUUACAAAGAAUCGAUCUGGUCGGGCUGAGUUUCGGAUCAGGUUAAGAUCGAGAGGGGUUUCGAGAGUUGAUUGUGAUUCUUUGAUUGGCCAACAUGCUCGAGGAGGUGGCCGUAUUUGGGAAAGGUGGGGUGCUGGGGAAAGGAAGAGGGCAAAAGGAAAAAUGUUCAUCCGACGAUCAAGAGGGUUUCAAUGGGUUGUGAGGGGAGUUUUUGUUUCUGUUGGUAGAGGUUCACAAGGAUUAUCAGGUAUUUAUGGUGCUGGUCUUUUGGAGGGGAGUUGGUGGCGAUCGCCUGUUGUCCGACAGGAAGCAGGUGAGGGUAGGGCUCAAAGGAGUGAUGUUAAAAUGCUCAAACAUGAUAUCUCAAUAGAGUCAGAAGUCUCCUCUCUGGGAUGGAAUUGGGAUUAUGUUGAAUUGGGUCGGAUGGUAGUGAGUGGUCUCUUGGUAGAGUGUCCUAUGUGUUCCUUGUUGUUAUGUGGGGUACAUGGGUGGUGUCUUGGAGGAUUGUCCGAAGCUCUAGAUUGUGGAGGAGAAGUGUUUGGAUUGGGUUAUGGGCUGGGGAGAGGCCUAAAAAGAGUCACAAUGUCACAAAGCAGCUUGGUCUCCAAGAGUAUGUCUAGUAGGAAGACUGAGGGUUAUUCAAAGACGGUUAUCGGGCGGUGCUUCAAUCCGAGGAUUCAAGAGAUGAAAUCUCUUCUCCACAUGAUGCCACAAAUUUGUGGACUGGAAGGGAAAGUAGCUGGGGCAGAUUUGAGUUUAGGGAAGUUUCAAUUUGAUUUUGAUAAUGAAGAGGAUAUUGCUGCGGUGCUGAAAAUGGAACCAUUCCAUUUUGAUAAUUGGAUGGUCUCGAUGGUGAGGUGGACUCCCACAGUUGAUCCGGAUUAUCCAUCAACAUUGAAGUUUUGGGUUCGGGUUUUGGACGUGCCUCUACAAUUUUGGACUGAACCAACCUUUAGAUACAUUGGGAAGGAGUUGAGUCACGUGGAGGAAGACGCGGCGGCGAUGGAUCUGCAGAAAGGAAGAGUGCAGGUAACGAUUAAUGGGCUCAAUCCCUUGUGCUUUGAGACUGAGAUCGAGUUUUCUAAUGGAGAAGAGACUCGGUUCAAGUUACGGUAUGAGCGGUUACAUGGGUUUUGUGAGGUUUGUUUCAGCCUUUGUCAUGAAGCAGCCUUUUGUCUUCAGUCUUUGGAGAAAAAUCAUGACAGAUUUAGGGGAUUCGAUGGGGAAGAAGAGGAGGACAUAAAGCAUCUCAGUUACCGUGGUGCGGUAAUCGCAGACAGAGGGAAUGGUGAGGGUCAAGAAGGAAAGCUGAAGGGUGUUUAUCAUGAGAGUUCUCAUGGUGAGCAAAUUUACAAAGAGGACCAGAGGCAUAAUAACGGUUAUCAGUAUGGCGGAAAGAAACCCAGGGUUGAUGGUUAUCACGGAGAAGGGUCUUCUCGGUAUGGUCGAUACCAGAGCAACGUCCAACACAAGGAUAGUAGGGGAAGAAAGGAAACUGCAAGGUUAGAACAGAAACAGGCAGGUAGACAACAAGAGGGGAUAGGAAAGGAGCAGGAACCUGGGCCAGAAUCCUCUCAACCAAUGGAGAGUGAGGGUGGUGUUAAUGGUGGCGUGGAGAAAGAAGAGGAUCCUUCUCUGGUUUUGACAACAUUUUCGGAUGGGAUGCAAGGUGGGAAGAACGCUGAUAAGGCUGACUCUCAGAUUCUGCAUCAUGUUAAUGGGUCGAUCACGACUGAGAAUGGGUAUGUGGAUAAGCAGGUGGGUAUUUCUAACCCUUUGAUGGAUUCUGGUCUGCUUGGUAAUGAUGUACUCAUGGGGAAUCAGACAAUGGAGGAAGAUGAUCUCUUAGAAGAUUUGUCAUCUUCAUCAGAAUAAGUAGAAGAGGGGGUGGAAAAUGCUGAGGAUGGGGUGCAGGCUGUGUCGUCGGAGACUCCACUAUCGCAGGAAGAGAUGGUGGAAGCUGAAAAAAAAACAAUAAGAAAUGGUGGGCUCCUUAAGGGUGUUAGUUCCAAGAAACGGAAUGCACAACU